AUGACGACGUGGACGACGGCGAUUUUAUCGAUUUUUCUAGUCGGAUGUGUUCUGUAUUCCGGUGAGCUGAUUACUUUUUAAGUGAACUUAAGGUUACGGUACUCGGGGAAGUGUGCAACUUGUCGCGGUUCAGUUCCGGUGAUUGUCACAAAAGUCUGCAACAAGUCGUCAAAGUGUUGACACCCUGCCUUUUCAGAAUGUCAGAUCAGCGCAAUGUUCGGCAAUCCGAUUCAAGCUUCCAAUUGCGAGAAUUGGUCCGAAUGGGGACCGUGCGUUUGGCUGAAAGGAAAGGAAAAAAGGUCAGUUGUAUACGAGUUGCCAGAAGUUGUAACAAAGACGGACGGCGCAUAAAAUGCGAAUAAAUCAGGCGUGUCCGUGCGGAGUCAUAAAAAUGUUUCCGAUGGCUGCAGGGCGGCUUGUUUUGAAAGAAGAGAGGCUUCUGCCUGAGGACCUCCAUUCUACCAUAAUCGUUUAAUUUCAGAUGGCAGCGAUCGUACUUCGAGCAGUUGCUCCCCGGCCGAAAAGGAUGUCGCAACCACGUCUUCUUCCGUCUUCUCGCGGAUCGUUGGGGAGUGGUGAGUGGGUGUGAAAAACUUGAAGACUUUGGAGAGAGAUAACACUGUGAAAAAGUGGAACACGAACCGUUUUUCCUCUUUUUCCGCCAAAAAAAGACGCCGGAUAGCAUCUUGGUGCGGUUUCCAUUUGAGAAUAAAAAAGAUUUAGAAAAACAGAUAAGGCAGACGCAUUCUUUCAGGCUUUCAACAACUUUUACAACUAUCUGAGAGACACGACUUCGAGCGAGGAGCAGUGCGGAGAGUGCUCUUAUCAACAGAGUUGCGGACGUAAAUGCCAUAGAAGGUGGGGGAAUACCGUAAAAUUAUUCGAGACGAUGUAAGUCUGCUGCCGGUAAAGAUGUCAAAAAAUUGUCAAUUGAUAAAAUAUGCGUAAUGUGGUCGUGAAUACUUUAUCAGUUGACAACUUUUUGAUAUCUCUUCAAGCAUAAUCAUGAAAGAGCGGUAUUCGGUAUGUACAGUGCAAAAGAGGGUCAUGAAGACAUGGAGCGGAGGAAGGGAGCCAGACGGCAAUGCAGCCCUACUCCGGCCCCAGAAAUCCUUUUGAUUGGGCAAGAAUCUCCCUAAACAGACUGUUGAUAGUACAAAAUGGUCACAAACUUUCGAGAAUGAUCGUGCCCCGAUAUGGCCCGAUCGAGCAUUUGUAACAAGAUUAAAUGUUGAGACAAAUAGAGAUCCUAAAAGCGCACUCUUCCUGAAUAUGCUAAAAAUGUUUCGCAGAGGCGACAUCGGCAUCAUCAACCCGUUGUUCGUGGCGGAGCGCAAGUGCAUGGGCGUGGACCAGAGCAAGGCGUGCGUGUCCUCAUUCAUGCCCGACUGCAAACUGUGGCCCAAUCCGGCCGUCAAGCUCCCGAAUGUCACCGAAUCGAUGCAACAGAUCAUCGACAACCUGGACUACUUGCAAUGCGUUCCCGAGCACAGGUAUUAACUGCCCCUUCCCGACGGAAAAUUGAAAUUGAAACUCGAAAUGCAAUUUGUGCAGCAGUGCAACACCGAAAAAACGAAAAGGAAGGGUGUGUCAAGAUGAAAAUUAAAUGAGUUUCCCUUCACUUCUUCUUGCUCUCCUCCAAAAAGUUUCGAGUUUCCUUCAGACCGUCCGGAUCGGUUUGCCGUUGCUGCUGCCAUCCGUACGUGCCGAAUCCGCAGACUUUCGAGUGCGAGCUGAAGCCCUUCCUGUCCGGAUGA